ACUAACCGGCAUGCAUUGUGCGCCGAUCGCCGGUGAUCGAAUCUGCGCAGAACUGGCUCAUCUCGAACGAACCUGUUAAAGGAUAUUUUGAUGCAGGACAUGGAUAUGAUGUGAUACUGGAUAUGCUGUCGACAAUUCACAACAUAAACAUGAGUCUGCGUACGCUGAAGACACGUUUAAAAGAAGCAGGGCUGUAUAGAAGACUCAACUAUUCCCCACUCCCUGAGGUGAGGCGUGCAAUUCUGACUGAGCUGGAAGGACCAGGGCAACUCUUCGGUUAUCGGACUAUGUGGCAAGUUCUCCAACAAAAACACAGGCUUCACGUUAAACGUGAUGUAGUAAUGAGAUUAUUGAAACAACUGAAUCCACGAGGGACGGCUUUGAGAACACGCAGGAGGUUUACAAGACGUACGUAUCACUCCAUGGGUCCAAACUACAUAUGGCAUGUAGACGGAUAUGAUAAACUGAAACCAUUUAGCCUCUCAGGAUGUAUAGAUGGCUUCUCAAGAAAAAUAAUGUGGCUUGUUUGUGGACCAACAAACAAUAAUCCAUCUGUCAUCGCUCACAAUUAUAUUAAAUGUGCCAAGAAUGUUGGUGUGGUUCCAAUGAGAUUAAGAACUGACCUCGGAACAGAAAAUGGGACUAUGGCAGCAAUACAAUGUACCCUCCGCCAUGUGCAUACGGACUACAAUGCCGGCUCGUCUAGCCACAGUUAUGGCUCAUCAACAGGGAAUCAGCGCAUCGAGUCAUGGUGGUCUUUUUUCAGAAGAGGGAGGUCUCAGUUUUGGAUGGACUUGUUUGGAGACCUGAGAGACUCUGGACUCUUCAAUGGCAGCCAUGAACACCAGUGCUUACUGAGAUUUAGCUUCAGUAAUGUUCUGCAGCAAGACCUGGAUGAAUGUAUGGACCUAUGGAACAAGCACCGGAUUCGACCAAGCAGACUUGCAUCAUGUCCAGGAGGGAUUCCGAAUGAACUGUAUCUCUUGCCUCACAGAUUUGGUUCAAGGGACUGUGGAUUUGUUGUUGAAGACAGGGAACUGGAUGUGUUUUCUGAGGCAAGACAAGUGAUUGAUUUAUGUGGUGAUCCAGACAUUGAGGAAUACCUACAACAGGCUGUGGAACGAAACGGACUAUAACAGCCACAAGACUGGAAGACAGCCUCAGAACUGUACAUCACUCUGAAGGAAAUAGCUGGGCUAUAGAAAUGGACUAUUGGAACCCGUUUUUACCUUUCUUAUGUAUCCCACAUUAACAUGGACUUAAGACAAUCUUUUAGUCUUUCGCUUUAAUGCAUCUUAAUGCUUAUCAAUAAAUGAUUGGUGGACUAUACAUGCCUUAGUUUUGGAAAACACUUCCCAUUCACAAAUGUGAUCUGACAUUUACAAAUUGCUUCAAGGGAUAAAUUACAGGAUAUGAUCCCAAAAGUCUCAAAUGUGGUUCUUUUGAAUUUUCAGGUUAGGCAUCUUGAACUCUGGGACUGAAGUGGAGACAUGUUAAACUUUAUUCAUUUUCUGAUUCAGUGUUUAUGUAAACAUCAAUUACUUGCAAAAAACAUUUGUUCUGAUUUUACGUUUUUUUUUUUUAAAUAUAUAUAUAUAUUGAGCUGUAAAAAACAGGAAACAGCAAAAUAAUAAAUGAAAAUCAGGACACAGCUCUGAAAUAUUUAUGGGUAAGAUCUGCAAGUAGCUAACUGCACAGAUUCAAACAAUGUAUAGAAGCCCUCACACGGGUGAACAAUCACUUCAAUGCAUAACAAGUCCCAAACUGCCUUUUAACAAUAGGCAGUAACUGAUGCAAACAAGCAAACGUGACCUUGUACUUAGGCAUUAUUCUGAUCAGAAAGUUGUUGAGAAAAAAAAA